AUGCUUUCCGGCGUCUUCUCCAGACUCGGACUCCCGUUGGGUACCAAAGUCUAUAGUCGUCAAUAUUCACUACCAGCUAGCAGUGUGGUGAUUGCCUCUAUUGGAAAUCCUUCACCCCAAUACGAUGGUACAAGACAUAGUGUAGGACAUUGGGUAUUGGAUGAAGUGAAAGAGAAGUACUGGAAAGACUUCAGCAGGUUUUCAGGUGCCAGCGGUGUGGAGAUAGCGACGUCAGAAACCAAUCCCAACGUACUAUUAGCCAAAUCCAUCAAAAGCUACAUGAAUCUUCAGGGUAAGCCCAUUUCCAAGUUCUGGCAGAAAUAUAAGAAAGAGGCACGGCUUGUGAUCGUGCACGACGAGCUCCAGAUCCCACUCGGAAAAGUGCAAAUCCGGAGAAGAAACACUAGUGCCCGAGGCCACAAUGGACUCCGGUCCAUUGACAACUCCAUGGGCAACGAUUAUACAAAGAUCGCCAUUGGUAUCGGUAAACCUGCAGCCAAACAUGAUCUGGUUUCGGACUACGUUUUGUCGAAGUUUACGAAGAAUGAAAUGGAUGUGCUUCGGGAGGUGACGAUUCCAAGGGUUGUACAAAUACUAGAGGAAAUCAGCCAGGGCAAGUAUAUCAACGAAAGAUAUGAAAAGUGA